CUUUUUCAAUGCAGAAAGGAUGGUUGUCGACCAAUGUUCUCUGGUUAAGAUUUGUCUUCACAUUCUGGUGCUUUUAGUAGCUCUAAAGUCGUCCAACUCGCAAAAUACAACCUCAGUUUGCUGGACCGUAUCUGGUCCCAAUCCGAAUGUUCCAUGCGUGUUACCAUUCAAACACGAAGGAACCCUGUAUACAAGAUGUCCUCAAGACCCUGUUGACCUUAAAAAGCAUUGGUGUUCCACCAAAGUGUCCGAGGACUUGAUCCAUCUUACGGGACAGGAUGAGUAUGGCCAUUGUGGAUCCGAUUGUCCCCUGGAAGCUACCACGAGCGGUUGUCGACAACCGGAAAAGUGCCGUCCUGUCUCAGCUUGUGCCUUGCGUUAUUCACAAUAGACUGCCAAAACUAAGAUCUGUGACCUGCCAGACAUACGAGGGCUUGGCCUUUGUUGCUCAGAGUUGAAGAAUUCCGAUAUUCGAAGCGUUUUCCCGGUCCCCAGUGAGCUCUCAACGAGAGUGGCCAAUGAUAACUUUGUUUCUCGUGGGAACACCAGAACUGCUUUGGCAGCAGGAUCCGAUUUCUAUCAGCACCAAACUGAUGCUAUUCCCAAGGCCAGUUUAUCUAAUUCGACGGAGACCUUUGUCUACUGGCAUCUCCACAAGGCCAAUCCUGGUGUGGACAACAUCAACAGACUUGGUCUGAUCGCCAUGGAAGCGGCCAGACAACUUGAAAAGGGCGGCAUGAUUGAUUCUGGGACAGUUGAGGUCCGAGGUGCAGACAUCUCGGAAUCGAUCUUAGAUGAUUGCUAUGAAACACCAGUCUGUGAUCCAGAAGAGCCAUACAGAAACAUGGAUGGAAGUUGCAAUAACUUGAGGGAGCCUGUUUUCGGCAAGUCGCUCACUCCCUUACAACGAGUGCUCAAUCCAGCCUUUGAAGACCAUUUCAACCAACCACGUUUCGCCGUUUCGGGAGCCUCUCUGGAAUCUCCUCGCAAAAUUUCAUCCAAUAUCGUGUAUCUGGAACAGGAAUUGUCAGACCAAGUGUCUUUGAUGUUCAUGGCGUUUAGUCAAUUUAUCGAUCAUGACUUGGCACAUGUUCCAAUUCAAGAGGGAAAACAGGGCGAGGGAAUUGAUUGCUGCCUUGAAGGCAAAAAGGAAACACCCAGCACGUUUUGCUUAUCCGUGGAUGUCCCACCUAAUGAUGAAAUUAUGCAUUGGAGUAACUGUAUGAACUAUGUUCGUUCAGCCACUGCUCCAAAUUUGGCUUGCGUACCAGGAAAAAGCGAACAGAUCAAUCAAAUCACCCAUUGGUUGGAUUUGUCUCUGGUAUAUGGUUCCUCCACGAAUGAAUCCAAACAAUUGAGGCUGUUCGUUGGAGGCCGUUUGAAAUCCGAUCGUACGGUGCCAAACACAGAACUCCUACCUCCGGAUUUGAAUACCCCAAUUUGUAAAGGAACCCUCCCUUGUUUCUUAGCAGGUGACGCAAGAGUAAAUGAACAACCGUAUUUGGCCAUUCUUCACACCCUCUUCUUAAGAGAACACAAUCGAGUGGCCAAGACCCUUCAGGGCCUCAAUCCCAAUUGGAACGAUGAGACGCUUUUCCAAGAAGCCAAACGUGUGGUCACGGCAGAGUGGCAACACAUUAUCUAUAAUGAGUACUUGCCCACCCUUUUGGGACCCAAUUACAUGCAGGUGUUUCAAUUGUGGCCUCUGACCAAGGGAUUGAGUCAAGACUACCGCGAUGACUUUGACCCCCGAAUCACCAAUGAAUUUGCUUCAGCUGCCUUCCGAGUUAGUCAUAGCAUGAUCCCGGAGAGUAUCAAUCUUUAUUCGUCUGACGGACAACAGACCUCAACAAUCCAAGUGACCGAAAUGUUUCAAAAUGUGGACCUUCUUCGAAAUGGAUCUUUGGACGAUCUAAUCCGAGGCUUGGCGUAUGACUCAUCAGGCAUGGUGGAUGACAAAUUCUCUGGGGACAUCAUUAACCACUGGUUCGGAAGCCAAAAAUCUGGCUUGGACUUGGCAGCCCUCAGCAUUCAACAAGGAAGAGACCACGGUAUUCCUCCGUAUAAUGAAUUUCGUCGGGUCUGCAAGAUUGGUCAAGCCAAGUCUUUCGAAGAUCUGUACGGAACAGUCUCGCAAGAGAAUAUUGACCGACUAAAGAUCGUGUAUCAGAGCGUGGACGAUAUCGAUCUUUACACAGGGAUGCACGUUGAAGAGCCCGGUUUCAAUGGAGCUUUUGUGGGCCCCACAUUUUUGUGUUUGAUAGGCGAUCAGUUUGCUCGAUUGAAAAAAGGUGAUCGUUUCUUCUAUGAUCUUGGCAAUCAAACAGGCAGCUUUUUAGACGCUCAGUUAAACGAAAUCAGAAAAACCUCCAUGGCCAGAAUAAUAUGUGACAACGCGGAUGAAAUCCAGUUUAUACAGCCCUUGGUGUUCGGUUUACCUUCCAACCCAUUCAACGAAGAUACAUCAUGCACCAACACGUGGUCCAUUCCGGAAGUGAUCUUUUCGCCGUGGAAAGAGAAAAUUAGUGGAGGAAGAAAUAGUAUCAGAAGCGGCCAAAGUGAUCCAUGGGAAUUGUUUUAAGUUAUAGAAGUGAUUUAUGACACGAUUUAAUCAUUGCGUCAUGGGCUCAAAGCAUAAUCUGUUUGUGGCGGCUUUUCCUUAUCGGCUUAUUUUCUGCGCAGCGUUUAUUGAAAAAUGCAUCAUAAUCUAGUCCUACAAUAAAUCUGCCAAAGAAGGCAUUUUCAUACCAAGUAA